CGGCAGCCUUAAUGCUGGGGUCGCUUCGGGCCGGGAGCGGGAACGUUUGGUGCAGCUCUUACAGGCAAGGGGCGGUUCUAGAGACUGGGGAAGUCCGCGGUUUGUGCGUCCGAUGGCUGGAGCUUUGAAAGAGAGGCGGAGGAACAAGCGAGAGCUCUCCACCCCCGGUCCCCACUGUCCAAUCCCUUCGGCUUCUCCUAUUCUCGGCUGGCCGGCCCGACCCCUAACCUGCUCGAACCCAUUAUGCGGUAGAGACGGCCGGGUCUCUUUAAGGCCCUUGCCGCGCCUGCGCCUUAAGCCUUCCUGACGCGGCCGGGCCGGACCCGGGAGGAGCCGGCGGCGGGCACGCUGGGGGUCGGGUUGUAGCUGAAACCGCGGCGGCUCGGCAAGAGUGGGGUCAGGGUCGGAGGCGGCCCCGAGCUCCUGAGUGAGCGCGGCGCUCGAGAGGAGGCGCAGAGGGCGGCCCGCGAAGCCGGGAGCGAGGCCGAGGCGCUGAGACGCGGCGGCUCGGCUGCCGGCUGGAUGGGAAGUUAAUGUUUACGACGGAGUCCACCCAACGUUUCCAAGGUGGCGACAGACAAGGUUGCAGAAAAGUUGAGUUCUACUCUCUCAUGGGUGAAGAACACAGUGUCACAUACAGUCAGCCAGAUGGCCAGUCAGGUGGCAAGUCCAUCUGCUUCCUUACACACUACAUCCUCGUCUACCACACUGUCAACACCAGCCCUUUCACCAUCUUCACCAUCACAGUUGAGUCCAGACGACUUAGAACUCCUGGCUAAACUGGAGGAACAAAAUAGAUUGUUAGAGACAGAUAGUAAGUCUUUAAGAUCUGUAAAUGGAUCAAGAAGGAACAGUGGCUCCUCCCUGGUAUCAAGUUCAUCAGCCUCUAGCAACCUCAGUCACCUUGAAGAAGACUCUUGGAUUCUUUGGGGAAGAGUUGUUAAUGAAUGGGAAGAUGUGCGCAAGAAGAAGGAGAAACAAGUAAAGGAACUUGUUCGUAAAGGGAUACCCCAUCAUUUUAGAGCAAUAGUUUGGCAACUUUUGUGCAGUGCACAAAGUAUGCCAAUUAAGGAUCAGUAUUCAGAACUCCUGAAAAUGACCUCACCUUGUGAAAAGUUGAUCCGAAGGGACAUUGCUAGAACUUAUCCUGAACACAAUUUUUUUAAGGAAAAAGAUAGCCUUGGACAGGAAGUUUUGUUUAAUGUAAUGAAGGCUUAUUCUUUAGUGGAUCGUGAGGUUGGUUACUGUCAAGGAAGUGCUUUUAUAGUUGGAUUGCUGCUUAUGCAGAUGCCAGAAGAAGAAGCUUUCUGUGUAUUUGUUAAAUUAAUGCAAGAUUAUAGACUUCGUGAACUUUUUAAACCAAGUAUGGCAGAAUUAGGCCUUUGUAUGUACCAGUUUGAAUGCAUGAUACAGGAGCACCUUCCAGAGCUCUUUGUGCAUUUUCAGUCUCAGAGUUUUCAUACCUCAAUGUAUGCAUCAUCAUGGUUUCUGACUAUCUUCCUUACAACUUUUCCACUACCAAUCGCAACAAGGAUAUUUGAUAUCUUUAUGUCUGAGGGUUUAGAAAUAGUGUUUCGGGUAGGAUUAGCGCUUCUUCAGAUGAAUCAGGCAGAACUGAUGCAACUCGACAUGGAAGGGAUGUUACAGCACUUUCAGAAGGUCAUUCCACAUCAGUUUGAUGGUGGUCCAGACAAAUUAAUCCAGGCAGCUUACCAAGUCAAGUAUAACUCUAAAAAAAUGAAAAAGCUUGAAAAGGAAUAUACUACAAUAAAAACUAAAGAAAUGGAAGAACAAGUUGAAAUUAAAAGGUUACGAACAGAAAAUAGACUUUUAAAACAGCGCAUUGAAACAUUAGAAAAAGAAAGUGCUUCCUUGGCAGAUAGAUUGAUACAGGGACAAGUGACAAGAGCCCAGGAGGCUGAGGAAAACUACCUCAUAAAACGGGAGCUGGCCACCAUCAAACAGCAGAGUGAUGAGGCCAGUGCUAAACUGGAGCAAGCUGAAAGUACCAUCAGGAAGCUCCAGCACCAGCAGCAAUGGCAUAAAUGCAGUUCCAACUACAAUGAAGAUUUUGUGCUACAGCUAGAGAAGGAAUUGGUCCAAGCCCGACUGAGUGAAGCUGAGUCUCAAUGUGCGCUGAAGGAAAUGCAGGAUAAAGUUCUGGAUAUAGAAAAGAGAAACAACUCCUUUCCUGAUGAGAAUAACAUUGCAAGACUUCAGGAAGAACUCAUUGCUGUGAAACUGAGAGAAGCAGAAGCUAUUAUGGGUUUGAAAGAGCUUAGACAGCAAGUCAAGGAUUUGGAGGAACACUGGCAGCGCCACUUAGCUCGUACUACUGGGAGAUGGAAAGACCCACCUAAGAAAAAUGCCGUGAUUGAGUUACAAGAUGAACUGAUGACCAUCCGACUUAGAGAAGCUGAAACACAAGCAGAAAUAAAAGAAAUAAAACAGAGGAUGAUGGAAAUGGAAACACAGAACCAGAUCAAUAGUAAUCAUCUUCGAAGAGCAGAGCAAGAGGUGACCAAUCUACAGGAGAAGGUGCAAUAUCUUUCUGCACAGAACAAGGGAUUGCUUACCCAACUGAGUGAAGCAAAGCGCAAACAAGCAGAGAUUGAAUGCAAGAACAAGGAAGAAGUGAUGGCUGUGAGACUCCGGGAAGCAGAUAGCAUAGCAGCUGUUGCUGAACUACAGCAGCACAUUGCUGAGCUUGAAAUCCAGAAAGAAGAAGGAAAGCUUCAAGGACAGCUUAACAAGUCUGAUUCUAACCAGUACAUUAGGGAACUGAAAGAUCAGAUAGCAGAGCUGAAUCAUGAGCUCAGGUGCCUAAAAGGCCAGAGAGGCUUCUCCAGCCAACCCCCUUUUGAUGGAAUCCACAUCGUCAACCAUUUAAUAGGAGAUGAUGAAUCAUUCCAUUCCUCUGAUGAAGAGUUUAUAGAUAAUUCCUUACAGGAAAGUGGCAUUGGUUUCCCUUUGCACAGAAAAUCUGGUCCAAUGUCUUUGGACCCCACUCUGGCAGAUGGUAGUGAAAGCGAGGCAGAAGACAGCACUCUGGAGACCAGAGAGGGCAGUCGAGUGGCUCAAAAGGAGCAGCCCCUAAGAAGAGCGUCGUACUCAACCGCUGUCUGACCAUCACUGUGACCUAGACUGUGCAUUUUUCUUUAAGGGAUCAGUUAUCAUGACAAAGGGUUUUUGGAACAUAUCUGUUUCAUAUGUAUAUGUGUGUAUAUAUAUAUAUAUAAAUAUAUAUUUUACAGUCUUAUCUGCCUUUUUAUCUUUGCCAAAUCUUCACCACUGACUUACCAUUGCCAUAAAGUAGAAUAGAAUAUGGUUAAUGGGAAAAACGAGGUUCUAACAGUAUUACUAAAUAUUAACAUUUCUUGUUUAGAAAAUGCAAUUAUAUCUAUAUGUGGGGAACCAUUUUGAAGUUCAGAACUAUGGAAAAUUGAAUUUUCUUCAGACAAAGCUGUUCUCGUGCAAUAUUUUAUGCUCAGUGAACAAAUUGUAUAUUUAUAUUUAUCAGUUUGUUUUCAGAGCAGCUGUCUACACACUUUUAACCAAGACAUACAUCUGAGUUAUCUUGGUAUUUUGUGUUUGGAAACUUUUUUUUUUUUUAACUAAAAUUACUGCUUUAUUAGUGGGCCAUUGAAAAUUCCCAAACACAAAGCCUUUUUUCACAUAAUUUUAUAAACACAAGUUAAUGCUUAUCUUAAGAAUUUUAAGUUUUGUUUUAAUUUCAAAUUUUUAUGUGCAUAUGAUGCUUCCAUGUGUUGCCUACCAGAGUACUAGUUAGCUACAAAUACAUUGGGUUUUUGUACAUAUUUAUAAAUCUGUACCACCCAACAUUGAACAUUUUAUAUGGAGAAUGUACUUGUUGAAAAAUGACUGCCUUCAGCAUUAUAACUGGACCUAUGUAAAUAAUAGGUUAAAGAAAAUUGAAAAUAAACCAAACACUAAUAUUGCAAUAGCUUUAGUAUUUUGCUUAGCAUUCAACACUAGCAGAUUCAUAACUGAUGCUUAUUCAAAGACACUAUUGGUGAAAUCUUUUACUUCAUGUGUAUGUAACUACUAAAUUUUUCUUGAUUAGAGAGGUUAUAGCAGGCAUCACUUAGUGUUAAUAUUCUACUUAAUAUAAUUUAAGCAAUGGACUGAGGUCCACGAUGCACAACAAUUAUAUCUGCGAAUAAUCUAUGAAUGUUAUCUUCAGAUUCUCUAGUUACUGAUCUAUAGGUGAAGCAAGCCAUAAGAAUCCGUUCCUACCAGUUCUUUAUCAUCUAGAUUUUUUUUUCCCUAGAAAACUGAUGUCUGUCAUUGAUAAAUUAGAGGAAACACCCAAACUACAUUUCCACUAUGGAAAGACUCCAGAAAUGUGGUGGCUGGAUGCUUUCUACUCUAAUUUUCCUCAGCAGCUUAUGAAAAGAAAAUAAUCCUCAAGAAUAAGAGGAGGGCAGAAUUCAGUAAAUACAGAGGUAAAUUUUGUAUAAUAUGUUGCAUGCAGAAAAAAAAUUACAUGAUAAAAUGGAAUAGAAGAGACAAAACUAGUUUUCUAACAAGGAGGUAAGCCUUAUGGUACAUUGUAAGCAAGGCUUUCCCAGCAAGCCCUUUGUAAGCAAGCUCUUGAGAGACAAGAUUGAAAACAUGCCUCCUGUGUCCAUAGCUCCAGGCUAAAUUCUAGUGGUUAAGUAAUUUAACUGUGGCCACAAGUUAGUAAAUAUCAGAGCUAAAGUUUUAAUCCAGAUUGUUCUGACACCAAAGCAUUUGAAAAGGCUCAGCUAAAUGAAUUUAUCAAUUCCCUGCUUUUCUGGCAGUUAAUGUGAUUUAAAUAAAUUUGAUUUAAACUGUUUCCUGGAUAUAUUACAGAUAUAUAUAUGUAUGUAUAGAUAUGUGAGUAUCAACAUUCAUAAGCUACAUAAAGCUUAUGAAUGUAGGUGCUACUAGAAUUGUCUGACUGGUGCCUUUGAGAUUCACUUUUUGGGUUCAUUGCUGUCAUUCAUGAGGCUGUUGAUGCCCAAGUGAAGUGAGAUGAUUUAUGGCAACAAGAUAGCUUUGACCCCCACAUCAAGAAAUCUGAUUGGUCCAGCCCAUAAGCUAGUUCCAGCCAACAGCCUGUUUUUACAUGACCCACAAGCUAAGGGUGAUUUUUAUAUUUUUAAAGAGUUGAGGGGAAAAAAAAAUCACAUGACAAUCAUAUGACCUUCAAAUUUCAGUGUCAAUAAAGUUUUAUUAGAGCAUACCCAUGCUUCUUCAUUUGCAUAUUGUCUGUUACUGCUUUUGUGCUACAGUAGCAGAGUGAAAGUGAAAGUGAGUCGCUCCUGUUCGACUCUGUGAACCAAUGGACUGUAGCCUACCAGGCUCCUCCCUCCAUGGGAUUUUCCAGGCAAGAGUGCUGGAGUGGGUUGCCAUUUCCUUCUCCAGGGGAUCUUCCCAACCCAGGGAUCAAAUCCAAGUCUCCCACAUUGCAGGCAGACGCUUUAGCUUAAAAUAUCUACUGGCUGUCACUUUAGAGAAAGUUUGCUGAUUUUAAUUUAGAUACUCUAACAUGUAGGUUUACGUCUUCAGUUUGUCUCAAGUAGAAGAUUUGCUUUUGCUAUUGAGCUAAUGGUUUGGACCUAAAAUUUCCUGGUGGAUCCUAUACUUAAAACUAUUCAAAAUGGAGACGGUGCCAGCUAUUUUAGAUUAUGAAGUAUUUGAAGCCAUAGAAAAUUCGGAAGGAUAUCUGUGCCUUUGGAAAUGGAGGAAAAAGGGAAAGAAUUCCAGAAUCUUGACACCAUUCUCUAAAGCAUGCAUCAUUGACCUUUAGGGUAUGCUUCAUUGAGUCAUUGUUAUAAUUUGACUUUAAAAGUAUGAACAUCCUUUUAGAAUCAUGUUUCAAUUCUAAACUUUGAAAGAUAUCCUUAGAGAAUUUCCCAAGUACUGUUUCUGGUUAGGAAUUAGUUGUUAAGUAAACCUUAAUCUGUUGGGACUGUUGUAAUUUGAAUAAUGAAAAACUAGAAACAACAAUCUUUUCUUUCAAGAUCUUUGAUUCAGAUACUUCUUAGAAGGGUUUAAAAUCUUCCUGGCCUUUAGGAUGUAAUAGGAUAACUUGCUCCCUUGGAAUAGUUUAUUUCUGGUGUCAUUGUCAUCCUGGGUUGAAAUGCUGAGAAGAGGUUACAAGUCACUUGAAUAAAGUGGAAAUUACAUUGAGGUGAUUAAACAGAGACCUUACAGACCAAGAAAAUAUUUCAAUAGCCUAUUAAAAAAUUAGCGGAAAAAAUUUUCUUCCUGGAAAUGUAUGUCAAAGAUAUAACUACGUGAUUUCUACCCUUUUUGUUGAUAGGUAUUAAGCAUUCAAUGUUUGAUGACUAACUGAGACAUCAAGUCCCUAAAGUGGCUGGCUAUUUGGGGAAGGAAAAAAAAAACUUUUUCUUGGCUCUGAAUGCAGCUUGUUACUCUCCAGAUAGUGCCUUUGAUUGAAAACAAGGUCUAGACCUUUUUAAGUAUUUUAUUUCUGACAUCAUUAGAAAUGACAUGGUUCCUCAUGCUUCUUUUUCUUUACAUAAUGCAUUAUAAUGUUCAGAUUUAAAGUAAAAUGAGUGUAUGAAUUGUGUUUUAAUAAAGCCCUUUCAUGGCCAGCUUGAUUUUUGUAUAAGUUCCAGGCAUCAAAAGCUAACAUUUCAUUAAAUCAGUGAUUUACUUUGUUAAAACAAUGAACUUUAGCCUGAAAGUUAUUGCUGCUCUGUCAUUAAUGAAACAAUGUUUUUUAGUUAAUUUUUAAUUUAAUUCAUUCUGAAAUUAAAUUUUCUGAUUAAAAAUGGGGUGAAUGCUAUUUAUAAUCCAAGUUUUUACAUUAUAUCCAUUGAUCCGCCUAUACCUUCUUUUCAUUCCAAAGAAGAGAAGAUAGAAUAAUACGUUAAAUAUACUAUAGAGAUGCAAAAUUAUAAUGUAUUUCAUUUUACCUUUGGAAUUUCUUAUUGUAACAUUGUAUGAUAACCUGAAAUGUUUACUUGUGCCUUUGCUUUAAACAAUUAAAGUUUUCCAUUUUAUAAGAA